CAGCUAUCCAAGACGACAUUCUGGUUACUGGCAAGGAUGACGGUGACCACCUUCGCAAUCUCAAAGCAACACUUUCCGGUCUUCAGGAAUAUGGUGUUCGUCUUAAACUGGAGAAAUGCAAGUUUAUGCAGGAAUCGGUUACGUAUAUGGGCUGCAUGAUUUCAGCGUUGGGAAUUCAACUCACAGAACAACCUCAUCCUCUUAAUCGGUUUCUCCAAAAGGGGCGUGAGUUCAAGUGGUCACCUGAAUACGAGAGAGCAUAUCAAUCGGCAAAGAACUCCCUUUCGCCAGCCAACGUCCUGGUGCAUUACAACCCGGAAUUACCACUUAUUUUAGAAUGUGAUGCAAGUCCAUACGGCGUUGGUGCGGUCAUUCCCCAUUGGUUCCCUGAUAAUAUUGAAAGACCCAUAGCAUACGCAUCGCGAUCAUUGAAUGCUGCCGAGAAGAAUCACAGUCAAAUCGAGAAAGAAGGUCUGGCGAUAGUUUUGGGGUAGUCCAUAUUCUAUAUGUAUCUUACGCAAUGAAAUUCACGUUAUACAUUGAUCAUAAACCCUUGUUGAAGAUAUAUGCACCUGAUUCAGGCAUCCCAGUUCUGGCAGCAGCGCGUUUACAACGUUGGUCACUACUCCUGUCACCCUAUCAUUAUGAAAUUUGCCACAAGUCUUCUGCUGAUAUUACGAACGCAGACGCCCUGUCCGGACUCCCACUGAAGUAUCGUGCUGAUGCCAGUGUAGAAGAACGUAUAUUCAGCAUCUCGGAUCAGCAGCUGAAUUGAUAUCCAGUGUCCGCUAAACAGAUCGCUAGAGAGACAGCCCAUGAUAAAGUUCUGUGUAAGGUGUUUACUUUUAUGCAGCACGGUUGGAGUCAAACCUGCGACGAUCCAGAUUUGAAGUCAUACUUCAAUCGUCCAUUGAGCAAGGUUGUCUACUUUGGGGCCUACGUGUAAUUAUACCCCCGAAGUUCCAGAAACAAGUUCUAAGCAUGUUGCAUGAAGCUCAUACGGGAAUUGGCCGAAUGAAGGCCAUGUCGAAAAGUCACGUGUGGUGGCCGAAGUUGGACAUUGCCAUAGAGGAAACCGUCAAGAGUGGUCGGCAGUGUGUGAAUAUUAAAUCAUCUCCGCCAGCAGCGCCUCUUAUCCAUGGGUAUGGCCAGCCAAGCCAUGGCAACGAAUACACGUUGACCGUGCAGCUUAUGAAGGGAAUCAUUAUUUGAUUGUGGUCGAAGCACAUCCGAAGUGGCCAGAGGUGAUUGGACCAAUGAAGUCAACAACAGCUGGGUCUACAAUCAAUGCGUUAUGCUGCAUUUUUGGUCGUUAUGGUUUGCCUGAGCAGGUCGUGAGCGACAAUGGGUCUCCUUUUCAAUCUGUUGAAUACGAAGAUCUCCUGAAUCAAAAUGGAAUACAAAGAAUGUUGUUGUCUCCAUACCAUCCAGCAUCUAAUGGUCAGGCCGAGAGGCUCGUACAGACGUUUAAGAACUACUUAAAAACGUCCAGCGCUCAGUCUUGUUUACUCCAGCGAAUUCAGAGUUUCCUACUGAGUUACCGAGGGAUGCCGCAUAGCACUACCGGUUGUUCACCUGCCAAGCUUUUCCUCCAACGAGAAUUGAGAACUAGACUGUCUUUAGUAAAACCUGAUACUGCUAGUGUAGUUUUAUCCAGCCAGUCACGGAUGAAGAGUUAUCAUGAAUAAAAAUGCAAGAUUUAGGGAAAUUCAUUCUCGUCAACCAAUUCUCUCUCGGAAUUACAAGUCAAAUGGUAAAUGGCAACCUGCAACCAUUCUAGAAAGAAAGGAACCUCACUCAUAUCUUAUAGCAUUACCAGACGGGAGAAUUUGGAAACGCCAUGUCGAUCAGCUUUUGCAGGAUAGUCCACCAUCUCCACCUUUGAUUAGUGAGCGAUCCGAACUAAUACCGGGUAAUCUUGGUUCUCCGACAGACACACAAGUUUCCCCCACUUCAUCUACUCGUACUUCUUCGACGCAGUCCACUCCUGCAGCUCCAGUGGUUCCUCCGCCUGAAAGCAUGGACCGCAACCCAGGGCCAUCCGAAUUGGCACAAGGCACCCUUGGUACUCCUAGUAUUGUCACAUCUCCCACCAUUAAACUAAGAAGAUCAAGUAGAAUGAUCAAACCGCCGAAAAGGCUUAUCGAAUAA